AUGUCGAAAGGCAACAGCUGCUCCUUCGCAGCGCCAUCCUUUGCGGCAAACUCCCCAGGACUGCCCGACUCUGCCCCCUGGAGGCAAUCCACUGCAGCAGCAGGCGGAGCAGCUGCUCAGACACCCGAAUGCGCAGUGGUGCAUCUUGAGCUCCAGUGUCAUGCUGCAGCUGCUGCUGCUGCUGCUGCUGCUGCAGCUGCCGCUGCAGCUGCUGCUGCAGCUGCUCCAGCAGUAGGAAAUGAGAAGCCUCUGCUGCGGGUGGGGAGUCGGUGGUCGCCCCUGGCGUUGACACAGACGAAAGAAGUUCUCCGCAAGCUCGUGUUUGCUGCUCCGAACAAGUUUCCAGCGGCAGUUACUGCCUUCCUCCAAGAGGACGAGGAGCAGAAUCAGCAGACUCAGCAGGAGGAUCAAGUGAAUGAGGCAUUCGCGAGCAACGCAGCGGGGGCGUUACCAGUAGCGGCUGCAGCUGCGCUGCGGCAGCGCCUGCGGUAUGGCGAGGUCGAGGUCGUCCCCUAUCAGACUGCGGCAGAUCGCCAGUUGCAGCAGCAGCUGCUGCAACUUGGAGGCAAAGGGCUGUUCAGCAAGGAGCUGGACGAAGGUCUAGAACGGAAGGAAAUAGACUUUGCUGUGCACUCCCUAAAGGACGUUGCCUCCACCCUUCCCCAAGGCUCCGUUUUAGGGGCUUUGCUCCCUCGCGAGGAUCCCAGAGAUGCGUUACUUUUUGCGAAUGCAAGACAGCAAACAGUCUUGCAACCCUUGUUGCAAGCGCUUGCAGCUGCGCGUCCCCCCUUCGCAUGCAGCGACGCCAUGACCGUUAGAGAUAUCAGCACCCCGUGUGCCAGCAGCGGCGCUGGUGAAAUUUUAAUCGGCAGCUCUUCGCUCAGAAGACAGUGCAUGCUGCAGUUUCUUUAUGCGCGCAACGCCGCUGCAGCGGCAGCAACAGCAGCAGCGUCGCAAUUGCGCUGCGUGCUGCUGCGAGGCAACGUGCAGACGCGGCUACGGCGGCUGCGGGAGGGUGUAGCACAAGGCACUCUCCUCGCUGCUGCAGGCCUCCUUCGGCUGUCUCUGCUGCAGCGGCAGCAGAAGGGACAGCCUGAACAGUCGCGCGCACGUUUUUCGACGGGUGCCACAUCGCGGGAGGGAGGAGUGGAACUGGCGUCUCUCGCGACUCCCGCAUACGGGGAUGUUGCGGCAGUGCUGCUGCCCCCCUCCGUUUUUAUCCCCGCUUUAUGCCAAGGGAUAGUAGCUGCGCAGUGCCGCAGCGAUGAUUGCGAGACUUUAGGCCUCUUGCAAGCCAUCUCAGACGAGGCAGCAGCCACUGCAGCCGCCGCUGAAAGAGCUUUUCUGAAACAGCUCGACGGCAGUUGCAGAACUCCCCUUGGAGGCAUCGCCAUGCUGCAGCCGCACCCUCCGCAGGGUGGAGGCAGACGCGGAGAGCAAGAGGAACGAGAGUGCGAGACGCAGCAGCAGACGCAGAAGCGUCUAGAAUUCAGAGGCUUUGUAGGGACCCCCGAUGGAUCGCGCAUGUUUCACGUCGGCGUCGCAGGAACUGUCUAUACACCGGAAGAGGCGGCAGAGAUCGGCGCCGCAGCAGCAAGGGAGAUACAGCGGGUGGCGGGGCCGCACUUUAUUUCAGACAUCAUGGAAAAAGUGCAACGGGGGUGGGGAGCACUUAAACACGGCUCCCCGUCAUGCUGA